CCGGAGACACCGAGCCCCAAAACCGAGCGAAGAUACUCGCGCCGCGUCAGUGUCCGGUGCAGUGGUGUGUGUAACGUCAAGCAGUGUGUGAGUGAGUGUGCUACUUCGCCUCCAGGAGCAGUCUGCGACGCCGACGCCAAAGGAUCACUCAGUCACGAAACGUAAAUCAUAACUUGGUCACAAUUAUAUCGCGCCCCCUGGACCACUCAACCAUUCUGCUUAAUGGAACUUAUAAUCUGUAAGAAUGGUGUAUGUUUGCAGUGAGCGCCCGGCGCAGCGUAAUAUGUGCUGGCGGUCGGCGCUGACUGAGCAUGGAGAAAGUCAGCAGCAGGCACGGAGGCGGCGGCGGUGGUGGAACGCGCGACCGCAGGAGUAGAGAACGCCGCGAGAAACGUGGCGAACGCUCUUCCGGGAGCGGCGCGACGUCGGGUAGCAAACGACGCUCGCACCAUCACGAGAACGGCGCCCCGCCAAAAGGCAGCGGUGGCGCAAAGCCACUGGUCGAAUACUCGGACGUCAGCUCCGAGGACCUCUCCGGCCCCGAAGCGGGAGAGAUACAAAGUGAGGCCGAGUUCUCCUUCAGUGACGAAGAAGAACUUGGAAUGCGCCGUAACACCCACCAUCGCUCCUCUUCGGGGCGGUACUCAGGUGGCGUAGGCGGCACGAGUAUUAAUGUCGCCGAUGAGGAAUAUUACAUGCGUCAACACGUGCACCGAUCGCGACAGCGACAGAUUGAGAUUCACUCUCACAGUGGCGGAGGUGGAUUGGUUGCCACCCCCAGUCCAAUUCCCACCUCGCGAAGGGAACGCAAGCAUUCAGUGUCUUCGCGAUCCUCGCGUUCCAGCGACCUACGCCAUCGGCGGAAACAAGCAGUCGAACCGACUUCCCCGGUUGAAUUUGCACCCGUAAUAUUGUCUCCGCCACAAAUCGACUAUGACCUCGAGCGGAAAAAACGGAAAAAGAAGGAGAAAAAACACAAGGAGAAAAAGGCGAAGAAGAAGAAGAAAAAGAAAAGCAAACAUAGAUCAAGGUCCACGAGCUUGAGCUCCGAGAGCGGAUCGGAAUCUCCGCAAGCAGGCGAAGGAGAGACAACUAAAGUCUCACCAGGUGAAAAAGAACAACUUUCGGACUGGGAGGCUAAUGCGGAAGCAACAGCUGCUGCGGAAAAGAUAGCCGUGGAUUGCUCGCCGGUAUCUAACGAGUCUGAUAUACCAAUGUCUCCUCCGCUCCCGGAGGAAUCAUCGCACCAUCGCAGCAGAGAGGAGAAGGAUAAGGAGAAAGAAAAAGAAAGGGAGCGGGAAAAGAAAGAAAACGCGCGACCCAGGACACCGCCUAUGAACGACCAUCAUCGGCCAAGUCGCGACUCUCCGCACACUCCUCCAAUUAGCGUUUCAUCAAGGAACUCCAAAGGUGGUGAAGAUUCGGCGGAUAGAAGCCGUGACAAACACUAUAGCCCCAUUGUGCACUCGCCAUAUAGAAAUCCUAGUCCGGAGAAUUAUUCAAGAUCACUCUCACCGGGCAGUAGGAGAAGAAGAGAUGUAACACACUCUUCACACAAACACCCACACCAACACCAAAGCAGUCGCUACCGGAAAGAGCGCGAAAAGGUAAAGCGACGCCUCAGUCGGUCUCCUCAUCGGCGCGGACGUUCUUCUCGGUCUGUUAGCCCCGUGUAUACUCGCAAACCGGCCUAUAGCCGUUCCCCUGUUCGUCCCAGUAAGCGCCUCCGGUCACGUAGUCCUAGAGAACGGGUGCGUGAGCGAACUCCACCUCGACGAAGCGGUGUAGUUCCUUCUUCCACCGCGUCUGAGAAACGUAGCCCCUCGCCGCAUUCCAUAAGCUCCUCAAAACUUAAGAACAAGAUCACUGAUACUAGCCUCUUUGCUGAGUUGGUAAAAGACAAGCAUAAGCGCGCUUUAGAACUCAAAAAAUUGGAACAGAAGCUGGAAUCUAAACCGGAUGAGGCAAAUAAUGUCUCUGUUAAUCAAAAUGCGAAUAGUACUGGAACGCCAGGCAAUUCUAGCACCAGUGCUAGUGCACCGGUGACCACGAAUACCACACCAGUUGAGAUUCUUGACGAUGUGGUGGAUUCUAGUAAGGUAGAUAAUGUAGAAACGGUGCCAAUGGAUAUCGACAAUAUUCCCAUUCCUGCUGACGAGAGCGGGUUUAUCGAGGUGAUGCCUCCACACAAGGUCAAUGAUAUUUCCCUGCCGAAUAAUAAUAAUGGCACGCCGGCCGGUAACGGCUUUGAGGCUCCACCAUUGCCGCCUUCAGCACCACCGCAACCUUUCAGAAUGGUGAUACAUACCAAGGAGUUGUCUGAAUUGGGGAAGGCUCCUAAAAAGACGAAGAGUAUUACCAAAAUGCCAUUGCCGCCAGGUAUGAAGCAUCAGGAUCUGGAAGUGAUUGAAUCGCCACCGAGUCGAACUCCAAGUCCACCGGUGAAACAGAAAACACCGCCGAAAAAGGGGAUUAUGAAUUUACCAAUGCCACCAGUGGUUUCAGCGGGAGCGGAAGAUCUCAGUGGUGAUGACGACGGUUCCACACCACCUCGAGACGGUAGAGACCGACGUGCAGCCCGGCCCAAACUAAAACGACCGAAGAUUUUAAAGAGGCGUGGAUCGCGCUCACUACAAGCGAUUACACGGCCCGACUGGGGCGAGCGUUGUGUUGACGUGUUCGAGAUGAUCAACCAGAUUGGCGAGGGCACGUAUGGUCAGGUUUACAAAGCGCGCGACGUGCAGGCUGAUAUUCUGGUUGCGCUGAAGAAGGUGAGGCUUGAAAACGAGAAAGAUGGCUUCCCCAUCACGGCUGUGCGCGAGAUCAAGAUUAUCAGCCAACUUAACCAUAAGAAUAUUGUCAACCUGCGCGAGAUAGUCACCGACAAACAAAAUGCGGUUGAUUUUAGAAGGGACAAAGGUUCGUUUUAUCUUGUCUUCGAAUACAUGGACCACGAUCUGAUGGGCUUGUUGGAGUCUGGUAUGGUCGACUUUAACGAACUGAACAACGCGUGCAUUAUGCGGCAGCUUUUGGACGGGCUAAAUUAUUGCCACAAGAAGAAUUUUCUUCAUCGCGAUAUUAAGUGCAGUAAUAUUCUCAUGAACAACAAGGGUGAAGUAAAACUGGCAGAUUUUGGGUUGGCUCGUUUGUACAACGCGGAAGAUCGUCAGCGACCUUACACGAAUAAAGUUAUCACUUUAUGGUACCGCCCACCGGAACUUCUUUUGGGUGAGGAGCGUUACGGACCCUCGAUUGACGUCUGGUCAUGCGGAUGCAUCCUAGGAGAAUUAUUCUCGAAGAAACCGCUGUUUCAGGCAAAUACUGAAAUGUUGCUGCUGGAAACAAUCUCGCGACUGUGUGGCACACCUACGCCGGCAGUGUGGCCUACCGUGAUAAAACUACCAUUGUUUCACAUGAUAAAACCGAAGAAACUGCAUCGGCGUCGACUGCGGGAAGAAUUUAUGAUGAUGCCUUCGUCGGCCCUGGAUCUACUUGAUCGUAUGCUUGAGCUGGACCCCGAUAAACGUAUCACCGCUGAAGAUGCGUUAAAAUCGGACUGGUUGAAGAAUAUUAAUCCGGAAAGGAUUUCUGCACCUGAAUUACCAACUUGGCAGGAUUGUCACGAAUUGUGGAGCAAGAAACGGAAGAAGCAGAUGCGGGAUCAGGAAGCGAUGGCUAACCAGCAGCCUAAUCAGCAUGGCAAACCUGCACUCCUGCCCAAGCCGUCAUUCCCUAAACUAGAUGAAAAUAAUGAAUUUGGAGGUUCAUCAAAAAGUCUGAAAAUGGAGGCGUACGACACGGCCGUGUUGCGAUAUGCUUUGGCGACGGCCGCGUGUAAAUUGAAGCCGGGGUUGUUGGGCAUUGCGCCGAACAUUCCGGCUCCAAGGGGCGGAAGCAUCCCCGUCGUCGCAGAAGAGUCACUUACGCCACCGGCGCCGCGUCAAGCGGACAACGCCGACGGGAACAAACCUAAACAGGAUGCGCUUGUGAGGAUGCUCGCCAGUUUGGAGCAGUCUUUCUUGAAUAGGAUUCCAGUACAACUGCCUCAGAUGUUGGAGAUGUGCGCCUUAAAACAAUUGGAUGCCCAGAGUAUAGUUAUCCUUGAUGGACUUCAAAGUGAGCUUCGGCAGAUAUGCAAGGCAAACCCAGGAAAACCGUAUUUCCUCGUCCUUAGUGAUAGUGAUGACACUCAAAUAUCGGGCUUAUUAAAAAAGGACCAAGUGAUUAAGCUGUUAUCAGAGCUGUACAACAAGUUCAAUAUGGUGGACACGGCAAACUUCUUGCGUUCUUAUCUCGUGUCUUCGUAGAAAAUAGUAUUUAAUGUAUGCAUAAGUUAUUUAAUUAAUGAAAAGAUGUCCGGUCACUUUACAAAGCAUCGGAUGGUGAUUAUUUGUAUGAAAUGUGAAAUACGGGACACUAAAUUAUGAGGGUUAUUGUAAAUAAGUAUUCAAGAAUUUUGCAGUUGGGGCGGGAUUUAAGUGAAAAUGAAGAAGUUAGGCAUUCAUUUAUAUCUGGUUUAUUUCAAGUAUUAACUUGUAUCUUUUUGUACUAAAAAUUAAUAAAUGAAUGAUGAAUAUAAAGGAAAAUAAUGAAUAAAUUACUUUUAUUGGA